AUAAAUACGGUAAAUCGCUUAUAGCUCUCCAUUACAUUUGUUGCCAUAUCAUCAGUCAUGAGGUCUCUGAGGCAAAUCAUAGGAGUCCUUUUCCUAACAAUUGCAUUAGUCGAUGCAAAACAGUAUGAGAGAUGUGAACUUGCAAAAGCCAUGAAAAUUCUGGGUCUGGAUGGAUAUCGAGGAUACAGCCUGCCAAACUGGGUUUGCACAGCUUUCUACGAGAGUUCCUUUAACACAAACAGCGUAAACUUCAACCCUGGAGACAACAGCACUGAUUACGGUAUUAUUCAAAUAAACAGCCAUUGGUGGUGUAAUGAUUACAAGACUCCGAGAGCCCACAAUGCUUGCAACAUUGAUUGCUCAGCCCUCCUAUCCAAUGACAUCUCAUCAUCUGUGAAAUGCGCAAAACGUGUUGUGAGGGAUCCCAAUGGUAUGAAUGCAUGGGUUGGAUGGAGAAACCAUUGCAAAGGAAAAGAUUUGUCUGCAUGGAUUCAAGGCUGCGGGCUUGACUUUUAAAACACACUGUAACUGAAUCCUUGCGAGUGUACAUUUUUCUGUUGCUUGAAUAGCCCUAUAUUGUAGUCCCCAUCCUAUCCUGUAUUCAUAGCAAUCACCUGUUUUGCUGCAGUAAAGUAAAGUUGUUUAACCACUUCAAUACUGGGCACUUUCCCCCCUUCCUGCCCAAGCCAAUUUUCAGCUUUCAUCGCUGUCGCUUUUUAAAUGACAAUUGCGCAG